AUGUCUGACUACGAUCGAGAUUACACCGGUGCAGUAGUCCAAUCAAGAUGGGUCCUUGAAGGUGAAAUCGGCGCCGGAGGCUUUGGCCAAGUCUAUAUAGCCACCGAUCUCACAACAAACAAAAUUGUCGCCGUCAAAAUCUCCCCCCUCAAAAUAACCCCCAACAGCAGCAGCAGCAGCAGUAGCGGUGGCAGCAACGAAGGCAGCCUCCAGCACGAAUCCGCCUUUUACAAAUACCUCGGCGAGCAGACCGGCAUCGCCACCCUCCACGACAUUGGCACAAACGACCUCUGGGGCAUCGACUUCAUGGUCUGCGACCUCCUCGGUGCUUCGCUGUGGUGUUUGCUCGGGCGCUGCGGGCACCGCUUCUCGCUCAAGACGACGCUCAUGCUAGCAGACCAGCUGAUUUCCCGCGUGGAGAUGCUGCACUCGAAGAAUGUCGUGCAUAGGGAUUUGAAGAUGGAGAAUAUCGUCAUGGGCUUUGGUAAGGAGGAUGGGAAGACGGCGUAUAUUCUCGAUUUUGGCUUGUCUGGCUAUUUUCGGCCACAGAGCGAUUACUUGACUGCGCCUGGGUACUAUAUUGCUGGGACGAUGGAGACUGCAUGCAUAGCAUGGCAUAUGCAUCGUCCCCAAUCUCCCAAAGACGACCUCGAAUCCCUCGCCUACGUGCUCAUCUACCUCUUCCGCGGCUACCUCCCCUGGACCUUCGAUCGCGUCUCCCUCUUUGAUUCCCACUUGUCCGAGCGUACCCUCAAGAUGAAGCUCUCCCUGCCCAUCGACAUCAUCUGCAAAGACAUGCCCUCCGAGUUUGCGCGACAUCUCAAAUACGCCCGGUCCCUCAAGUACGAGGACACGCCAAACUAUGGUAAGCUGCGGGACAUGUACCGACGACUGAUGCAGCGCAUGGGGUAUCAGUACGACGGCGUGUAUGACUGGGACUUGAAAGACAGGAAAAGUCACGUCACAAAGCAGCCGCCUGUUGAUGUAAUUCCAGCCUCUACACAAGGCAAACCAUUGGAACAAGAGAAACCUGUACCAAAAAGCGAUUCUUUGAUUCCAGAGACACCGUUGGUCCAAGACAAGCCUUCAGAACAAACCAGCCCUUUACCACAAAACAACCCUCUCAAGAGAAAGAACCCCUCAGAUGACAAAGAAAAUCAUCAACAAGAGGACAAACCCGAGGAAACCACACAACCCACCAAAAAGCGCAAAAUCAUAUUCAUCAAAGCAGCCGACAAAAAGCAGCCCGCACCAAAGCGUCGGGGCAGACCACCCAAACAAGCCGUCACAAAGAAUGCGCAAGAAGCGGUCAUGAUCACUAAAAAGGCCGCCCAGAACAAUGAGAUCACCGACCAAAGGGCUUGCCCGAGGAAGAAGCCGGCGGCUCGGAAGAAAGCUUGUAAAUAA